CGAUGCUCGCCCUGACUUCCUGCUCCGGACCCAGCUUCGCCGCGCCGCUGGCGCCUGCGACGCGCGCGGCGCGCGGCGCGGCCUCGCCGACCAUGGGCGUCGAGACCGAGCUUGGGGCGACCGGCCCGCUCGGGUACUGGGAUCCGUUUGGCUUUUCCGUGCGCAACCCCGAGCGCUUCAACCGCUACCGCGCCGUCGAGCUGAAGCACGGGCGCAUCGCCAUGGCUGCCACGACAGGCUACAUGGUGCAGUCGUUCCUGCGCUGGCCGGGCUACCUGUCCACCUCGGCCAACAUCAAGUUCGCCGACCUCCCCAACGGCAUCGCCGCCUUCAAGGCCAUCCCGCCCGCCGGCCUGUUUCAGAUCCUGCUCUUCAUCGGGGCGAUGGAGGCCUUCACGUGGCGGUACUACGAGGGCCCGUGGCCGGGCAAGGUGCCCGAGGGCAAGGCGCCCGGCGACGUCGCGGGCGACUUGUGGGUGCGCUACACCGACCCCGAGGAGAAGGCCUUCAAGCUCAACGCCGAGAUCAACAACGGGCGGGCGGCGAUGAUGGGCUCCCUCGGCAUGCUGAUGCACGACCACAUCCUCGGCACGUGGGUGCCGCCCGGCUUCGAGUAGAGCCGCCGCCAACCUGCCGUUUCCCGGGAGGCCGCACGCACCACGCCGCCUUCCCGGCCGCGCCCGCCAGCCGGGGCGCGCCGCCGAGGCGACGCGCGCCCGCCGCAGUCUCGCUGCCCCCCCCCUUUCCCCUGCCCGGUGGGCGGAGCGGGGGGCGGAGUUGCUCGGGCGAGCGCGCACCCACACCAUUUUACGCUCUGCUGUGAUGAGAGACUUAGCAUCCGGAUGUGCACGCGCUCCACACACCGCAUGUGUUGUUGUUUUGGAUAGCGCGUAGAGGGACUUGAG